AUGUUCAACCUGCGUUACUGGUUAUUUUCCUUGUAUCCCUCUAACUUUUUGUAUCCACCCGUCAUUUGGCUGCUAGUUCCAGUGUGUCUCUAUGGUACAGCUAUUUUGGUUGGUUUGUUGGGUGGAAGACAAAUUCCUCUCGUUACUGUUCUUUCCAAUGGAGAUUUAAUUCCUUCCUAUAAAUUCUCUGAAGAUAGAGCAUUGCCUCAUUUGAAAGCAAUUUCAUUUGUACCAAAUCCAGGACAGGAUAGUGUUGGAUCGUCUCUAGUGAGAGUUGCUGGUACUGCAUCGUAUUUCAAAGCAAGAGAUUAUAUUUUGAGUCAAGUGAAGAAGGUUUAUGAUUAUCAAUCAUCAACACUUUGUAAAGUCGAAUAUGACGUUCAAAAUUACAAACACUACAGCAACAUUAUCGUACGUGUGAGUCCAAACAACAUGACCAAUCCCAAUGAUUACUAUGCCUUCUUGUUGAGUUCACACUAUGACACGGUUGAAUUCAGUGCUGGUGCUUCAAGCGAUGGUACUGGUGUUGCAGUCAUGUUAGAAUUACUUGAAAAUGUGGUCAAUACGGUCGAUAAUGUGAUCAAAUAUCCUGUGGUCUUCUUCUUUGGUGGUGGUACACAAUAUAAUUCCGAAGCUACCAAAGUAUUUAUGAAUCAUCCUUGGUCAAGAAAUUUGCUCCGUUUCAUUAAUAUGGACUCGAGUGGAAGUGGUGGUGGUAAAUCCAUGGUAUUCAGAGUGACUGAUAACUCCAUUUUGAAUGAAUACAAUAAUGCUCCUCAUCCUUACAUUUCUGUGAUUGGUGAAGAAGUGAUGAAAUUGAAGACCAAUUAUGACACUGACUUUACAGUCUUCUCUGAUAAGAUUUAUCGUAACAGCACCAAUAGAUUACCUAAAUACUAUUUAAAGGGUUACGAUUAUGGCUAUUAUUGGGAUGGAUAUUUCCAUGGCACUCAAUAUGACACCUAUGAUCGAAUUUCACGUGGAACUUUACAACAUUUGGGUGACAAUGUAUUGCAUCAAUUAAUGAAAGUUGUCACAGAUGAUGCCAUUAUGGGAGGUACUGCUACUGAUGAUCCAGAAUCCAAUUAUUUGGCUGAUGAAGUCUAUUUUGAUGUCUUGGGUGGAUUUUAUGUUCAUUUUAGUUUCCAAUUGAGUCAAGCCAUUCAAGGUAUUAUUGUGGUAGUUGAUGUGGUCUUACCAAUUGUAUUGAUUGUGGUCGAUCACAUGAUUUCAUUGCGUUAUCAUGAUACCUCUUCUGUUUACCAAUUAUUCAAGAAGAGUAUUAGUGGUUUACAAGCUCGUUUAUUACUCAUUUUCCUCUAUUUCUGUAGUUAUGGAUUGUCUUUAGGGUUUGGUAUUUUAUUGGCUGCAUUGACAGGUUCCAUUGUGGAUGGUAUCAAUGCCAUGCCAUGGUAUCGUGAUCCUGUAUUGGCUGUCUUUUUAUUUUCCACUCCAACUCUAUUGGGAAUGUUUAUCAGUCAAUUUGGUGUUCAUUUAAUUAUCAAUGCUGCCAUUUCUUCAUGUGGAUGUUUCAAAAUGUAUAGAAUUAGUUUGAGAAGCAAAUCAGAACUUAAACGUGGUGAAAAUACUGCUGCUCAAACAUUGAUUUAUGCAUCUGAUAAGGAAAGAUAUCUUGCUUUGACUCUUUUCUGGGGAUUGUUGACAGCUGUCAGUUUAAUGACUCAACUCAAAUCAUUCUAUAUUGUUUACUUUUGGUCAUUCUGUUUGAGUGGUAUGCUUGUUUUACUUCUCGUUGUAGAUCGUGUGAUUAUGUGGUCCUACAUGAUUGCUCGUAAUCAAACUCGUGCCAAGGCAUUAGAAGCAGCAGGAGCUGAAAUGGGUGAAGAAUUAACAUCUGCAGGAGAUGAUGUCGAUAAGAGAAAGAAAUUCUUAGAACUUCGUAGAGCAAAGAAGAAGGACGACGAAUUGUCCAAAGAAGAUGAAAAGUAUCUUGGUAAAUUGGCAGCAAAGAGAAAUAUGAGACAUGAAAUUGCUGCAAAAUUGAAGGAAUUUUCUAUUAGAGAUUUCUUCCAUGCUGUUCAUUACCAUCAAUUGUAUUGGGUGAUUGUCAUGGCUAUUGCUUGCUGGCCACCAGCAACUGUUACUAUUGACAUUCUUGAUCGAAUGAUUCACUUGAUCAUUCCAUUGAUGUCACGUGCUAGUUAUCCAGUGUGUGGUGCAAUGAUUGGUUCUGUCAUUGGUUUAUUAAUUUACUUGUUAACAAUUUCAUACAUGCCAAUUAUGCAUCGUGCUGCUAACUGGGGUAAAGCCAUGAUUUUGACUGGUGUUAUUAUUGCCAUUGUGGGUAUUAUUGCAGUUUCAAUGAGUGGAUUCCAAAAACACUCUCCAAGAAAGGUCAGAUUUACUCAAGUGAAUAAGGUUGGACCAGUUAAACCAGAUGGACUUGACACUGAUGAUUAUUCAAUUGCUGUGACAAGAACUACUCCAAUUUCCUUUGACAGGAAAUAUUCCCUUGCGACGUUCACUAUGGAGUCUUUUGAUGGUAUUGGUAUUACUGGUCUGUUGAAUCGAUUUAAGGCUCAUUAUGGCUUUUCUGGUGGCUUUUUCAGAGAAUCUUGUAAAGACUCCAAGUGUGAAUUCAUCAUUCAGGAAUCAGCCAAAGAGAAGCUUAAUGUAUUGACUUAUCAUUUGCAUUUGAACCAAUUUACAGUUUCAAACUACACUACAGCUAUUGAUGGUGACGACACUGUUGCUACCUUUGAUAUUACCCUGACAUUGAAAGAAGGAAUUACUUUGGCAGAUUAUACAGCAACUCUUGUUGGUGGUGACGGAACCUUGCAGAAAUUCGCGCUAGCUUCCAGUGAUCCAAACUAUAACAACUUGUACUAUGUCGAUAGCUCAGGAACAUCCAAGACCAUCCACAAAUAUGCUAUCCCACACACAACCACAAACAUUUCUGCUUCUGUGAAAUACAAGACCGCAGCAACCACCAAACCAACACUCAAGUUCUUUAUCCGUCUCUAUGAUUGUGAAUUAACUGCAUCCGACGUUGUGAAUUCCUUCCAAGCUCUCUAUGUUUCUGAUAAGUACUACGUCACCCCUCUAGGAUCAACAUCGUGUAAACUCCUUACAGAACAGUCCACCAUCAAUAUUAACCUUUAA